AUGACUACCGAUACAUUUGAUUAUAUUUUAAAAUUAAUAUCACCGGAAUUUGAUCCCAAGACCACAAAUUUCCAAGAACCUAUUUCCGUAGAGCAGAGGUUACUUGUAACAAUAAGGUAUUUAGCAACAGGACUAACAUUCAGGCAAAUCGCAAUUUCAUUUAGAAUAUCUAAGUCCACAGUCUCAAGCAUUGUUAUUGAAGUGUGUAAAGUAAUAUGGAAUACGUUAAAAUUCAAACACAUGUCUACUCCAAUCGUCGAUACUUUUAAAAGCACAGCAAUAAAAUUUCAUGAAAAAUGGAAUUUUCCAAACUGUGUGGGAAGUAUCGACGGCAAACACAUCAGACUGCGAUGCCCUGAAAAUUCCGGGAGUAUGUAUUUUAAUUAUAAACAAUAUCACUCGAUUGUUCUAAUGGCAGUAGCUGACGCGAGUUAUAGAUUUUUGAUGAUAGACGUGGGUGGAUACGGGAAAGAUAGUGAUGGUGGUGUUAUGGUAAAUUCUAAAUUUUAUCAACGUAUCGAAAACGGUUCGCUUAAACUACCGAAUGAAAUUAAAUUACCAAAUUCGAACGCCUUGGCUCCUUUUGUGUUUUUAGGAGAUGAAGCUUUUCCAUUGAAAAAUUACUUACUGAGGUCUUUUCCAAGAAAACAGUGUCAAAAAAACGAAAAACAGUAUUACAACUAUAGACAUGCGCGAGCACGAAUGACAAUCGAAUGUGCAUUCGGCAUAGCUUCAUCAAAGUUUCGAAUUCUAUUAAAAUCAAUAGAAACAAAAGUAGAAAACGCGGAUCAUAUUGUAAAGGCUAUUUGCGGAAAUUAUGAAAAAGUAUUGUUGAUGCUCUCAGAUUCUGCGCCGUAUAUGGUGAAAACGGGACAGCAACUUGCAGUUUUCUAUCCCAAUUUAACUCAUGUUACGUAUGUAGCUCACAUGUUUAAUAGGGUUGCAGAAAGAGUUGGAGAAAUGCACCUAGGCAUAAAUUAA